CUUUGUCUCAUCUCUCUUUUGUCUCGAUCGGUAAUUAGUGAUUCUAGGGUCUCUGCUUUUGCUCAUCGGUGGAAAUUUCUGAAUCUCCGCCGUUUUGGUUCGAUUCGGAUUUUUCGGUCUCUUUUUCAGUUUCUGUGUUUUUUUUCUUCUAAACUCAGAGCCUUAAAAAACCUAAUUUUGAUACAUUAGCUUUAGAACGUUCUCGAGAGGUCUUUCCACUAGAUACGACGUAAGGUUAGUCCGUGUGUAUUUUUUGAAGAAGAUGCCUCCAAAGCAACAACCAAAGGCUGAUUUGGCGAAAAAGCAGAAGCAAGUUGAAGACAAAACAUUUGGUCUGAAAAACAAGAACAAGAGCAAGAAUGUUCAGAAGUAUGUCCAGAGUCUCAAGCAAUCUGUUCAGCCUAAACCAGAUGCCUCUAAAGCUGCAGCCAAGAAAAAGAAAGAGGAAGAGAAAGCGAGAGAACAGGAGUUGAAUGAGUUGUUUAAGGUUGCCAUUAGUCAGCCUAAAGUCCCUGUUGGUGUUGAUCCCAAGUCCAUCCUGUGUGAGUUUUUCAAGGCCGGGCAGUGUCAAAAGGGAUUUAAGUGUAAAUUCUCUCAUGACUUGAACAUUCAACGGAAGGGUGAGAAGAUCGACAUUUACAGCGAUAAGCGUGAUGAAGAUGGAGAUAUGGAGGAGUGGGAUCAAGAGACCCUUGAAAAGGUCGUGGAAUCAAAGAAAAAUGAAUAUAACCAGAACAAGCCAACGGAUAUUGUUUGCAAGUAUUUUCUGGACGCUGUGGAAAAGAAACAGUAUGGGUGGUUUUGGGCUUGCCCCAAUGGUGGGAAAGAGUGUCAUUACAGACACGCUCUUCCCCCUGGGUAUAUCCUUAAGUCUCAAAUGAAGGCUCUCUUGGAAGAGGAGUCACAAAAGAUGCCAGUUGAAGAAGAAAUCGAAAACGAGCGUGCAAAACUGAAAACGGCAACACAAAUGACACCUGCGCUAUUUAUGGAAUGGAAGAGGAAGAAAAUAGCUGAGAGAGAUGCAGGUUUGGCUGCUUCUCAAGCCGAGAGAGCUAAGAACGACCGUAUGAGUGGUCGGGAGCUGUUUCUGUCGAAUGCAAGCUUGUUUGUGGAUGAUGCUGAGGCCUUUGAAGAAUACCAGAGGGAAAAAGAAGAGGAAGAGAUUGAACAGAAGGAAAAGAACAAAGAAGCGGAGGCAGGGACAAGCAAGAGCAGUGGUGAUGCUGAACAGAGUUCGAAAGAAGUGGAUGAAGACGACGAAGAUGAUGACGAUGAUGAUUUGGACAUGGAUGAGCUUGAUGAAUUGGAAGCAAGCUUGUCGAAAACAUCGAUCCAGAUCCAUGAGCCAAACGAUUAAGGGUCAUCAUAUUGAGAUGUGUGAGAGGUGGAGGAGAGGAAAAGCACAUGUUUUGGCUUUGUGUACUUUGGAUAGAUUGCAUUUUGCAGACACAACACCUUAUUUUCAGGUGUUUGAAUAAUCGUUUACCGUCUUAAGGAUCUUUAUGUUUCAUCAAGGACUGGUGUUUUUUUCUGUGUUAAUGUUGUUUAUGUAUAUCAUCGUCAUACAUAAUUUAUAGUGUGUGUGAGAGAGAUUGAUGUUGUGGGAGACAAGAAAACAUCAAGAGAGAAAUAAAGCCAAAAACAUAUUGCAGAUGC